UGGACCGAUGUAACACGUCUGGAAGUGGAAAACACUGUAAGCCCAAACGAUACCAACAUCAAAAUCCUCUUUGCCUCUGGUGAUCACGGAGAUGGCUUCCCAUUCGAUGGGAGAAGUAAUGGAAAUGUGGGUAAAACAUUAGCGCACUCUUUUUACCCACAAGAUGGCAGGAUUCAUUUUGACGAAGACGAAGAAUGGACUGAUGAGUCUUAUGAAGGUACAACUAAUUUACUUUUGAAAUCUAUGUCUACAUGUCACAAUUUGUUGCGUGUAGCCACUCACGAAAUAGGUCAUGUGUUAGGUCUCAACCACUCAUCGAAAGAGAACGAUGUUAUGUACGCCAUCUACAGUCCCUACGAUCCGAACUUCAACUUAACAGCAAACGACAUACUCAGGAUACAACAACUGUACGGUCAGUGA